CAUGCUGAUUGGAACCUCAGGGGUCCAACUUUUAAUCAGUUUUAACUCUAAUUAUGACGCUAUUAUUUUCCUACCAACUUUAACCAAGUUUUUUUUCUUUCUGGAAACUUUAGGGAGGAAAUUUUAUGUAAUAAAUGCACUUAUUUUAUAAGAUAAAUUGAAUAUUUGUUCGGGUUAAACUUUGGUUAAAAUAAACCAGCAUUUUGUGAGUCAUCCAGUGUCCCUUGGGGCCCUGAAAACUUUAGGGAACCAAGUCAGAUCAGUCCAGCACCACUGUCUCCUCCCAACACAAGGAAACGCCCUCCUUGCUCAUGGAGAUAAAAAGUCUGUUCCAUUCUAGUCUAUUCACCCUCACUGAGUUUUUUCUUUCAUGAACCAGGAGUGUGUUUGCACACUCUGUCCUUUUCUGUCCAGUCUGUACUUCCCGCUCCCAUGUUUUGAUUCUGCUCCAGCCCAAGACGCUUCACCAUGUCCACUGGGUCUCUCAGCGACGUCGACGACGAGCUCCUGGACGGCAUCCUCAAGUUUGGAUCCUCCGGUAGAGACUCCAACGAGAGCACAGAGGAAAGCUCCAACUGCGAGGGCACGUGCGCGAACGAGGAGCGUAGAGAUGCACCUGGUAAGAAGAGGAAGACGGCGUCCCGGAAAACUGCGUCCAAGGGAGUGGCGCAGCAGGAGGGCAAGCAGGUGCAAAGGAACGCAGCGAACGCGCGGGAAAGAGCCAGGAUGCGCGUACUCUCCAAAGCCUUCUCCCGGCUGAAGACGUCCUUACCCUGGGUACCACCAGACACCAAACUCUCCAAACUGGACACACUACGCCUGGCGUCCAGCUACAUAGCGCAUCUCCGCCAGAUAUUGGCUAAUGACAAAUACGAAAAUGGAUUUAUCCACCCCGUAAACCUGACGUGGCCUUUCAUGGUCGCUGGGAAACCCGAGAACGAUUUGAAGGAGAUGCUGAACGCAACGCGGUUGUGCGGAACAACGGCGUCCUGAUGUAGAAGGGGACACUUUUGUUUGUAUAUAAUUUUUAAUGGAUUUUACAAGAAAAAUAUCAUCUUGACUGAAAUGCAAGUCUCAUCUUCGGAGACUGUGAGUGGGAAUAAUGGAGAGAAGUGCAUCCUCUCCUUCGUUCCCGUAAUGGAAAAAUAUAUAGGCUCUCUAUAUAUUUUCUUUUCUUAUUUUUUUUUAACUUAAAUACUCUUUUCGAUCUGUUGUCUUUGCCGGUUCAAAGAUAAUCUUUAUACUUUAAACAGCUUUUUAUGAAAGGCUAUAGCUAUAUAGUCUAGUUGAAUUUCAAUCAGGCCUGUUUUAACGACUGCAUCAUGAUGGAUGGAUAUGCACGUGAAUGUUUCAUCUGUCCACUGUCUCAAAUUGCUGUACAGAUUGCGUGU